AUGGAGACACCAGGUACCACUACCACCACCAGAGCAGUGGUGAGGUUGUGUGCCAUGGUCGCCCUGCUCAUCAAAGGGUCGACUGGGUUAGUCUGCUACACUGCGGUGGAAACACUGGAUUUAGGCUGCCUCCUGCGGUGGGAUUGUCCCCAUGCCAGUCCUAAUACUACCUAUACCGUGCAGACAAAGACUCAGGGGGACCCCUGGCAGGAUGUGUCGUGGUGCAUUUGGAUCUCGUCCCAGAGCUGUGACGUCUCUCAGGCCUUUUCAAACUUUGAGCUGUACAACAUGAUCCGUCUUGGCGUCCACCUCAGCCCCAGCUCCACUGUGUGGAUCGAGCCUCGCAAGUUCGACUACAGUGACUUCAGUCAUUGCUCUUUGCCCACUCCAGCCUUCAGCCCUCCCUCCGUCUCCGUCUCUCUGAAAGACGACGGGCUGUUGGUGAAGGUGCAGUUCCCCUGUGCUGCCAACAGAAGGUGCUCUGUGGAGAGGUGCUGUCCCAUCUCUGAACUGAUUGACCCAUGGACCACAGUGACUGUGUACAACAACCUCAAUCACUCCGAUUACCAGAGCCGUACAGUUUGGACCCAGGAGGUGAUGUCCUAUGUGGACUUCUCUGGCUUGGCUCCAGGUCUGAACUACUGCGCCGUAGCUAACUUCUCCUUCCCGACCUUCUUCAUGGCUGCUUCCCCAAAAUCUGAGCCUCAGUGUGUUAAGACUGUUUCUAAAUCAGGGCAGCUAACUGUGUUGUGCAUCGGAUUUGGGCUGACAUCUCUGCUCCUUGUUCCACUUCUCACUGUGUUUCUGUGUAGACCAAGACAACCUGCGCCAACCAUUGAAAACCAACCCAAGACUCUUGUAUGAUUUAUCU